AUGCUAGGACAUCCAUUGAUUCUCUAUCUAGCAGUGCAAGAAGCAUCCAUAGGUUACAUGUUAGGCCAGCUAAAUGAACUCAAUCAAAAAGAGAGGGUGAUUUACUUCCUAAGUAAGAAGUUCACCAGUUGUGAGGUCAACUACAUCGCCAUUGAGAAGACGUGUGGUGCCCUAGCAUGGGCUUCACGCAAGUUGCAGCAGUACAUGCUCUACUACACCAUGCAGUUGAUUUUCUGCAUGGACCCUAUCAAGUACAUCUUUGAAAAUCCUACCCUCACAAGGAAGAUCUCCCAUUGGCAAAUGUUGCUAUUAGAGUACGAUAUCGUGUUUGUGAUGAGAAAGGCCAUUAAGGGCCAGGCCAUAGUCGAUUACCUACCAAACCAACCGUUGAAUGAUCUGGAAUUCUUAGAAUCCUUCUUCCUAGAUAAGGAUGUUUUGGCAAUAGAGCCUGAACCAACCAAUGUAGAGCCAUGGCAUUGGAAGAUUUAUUUCGAUGGAGCUACCAAGAGCACUGGAAAUGGAGUGGGAGCAGUUCUAGUAUCCCCAAAGGCCAACAAGUCCUUAUUUCAAUCAAGCUAA